GAAAAAAAAAAAACCUCUCUGUCCUUGCCUUUCCUUUCUUGAUUCAUAUUUUUCCUUUGGAUUGAGGCCAGGGGGCCUGAAUACGACAGCCGAAGGCCAGAAAAGCAUGACCAGCUCCUCCGCCUCCGCUCGCAAGGCGCUGAGUAAGAUAGCGUGCAACCGGUUGCAGAAAGAGCUGGUGGAGUGGCAGGUCAACCCUCCCUCCGGUUUCAAACAUAAAGUCACCGAUAAUCUCCAAAGGUGGGUAAUUGAAGUAAAUGGAGCUCCGGGAACUUUAUACGCCAAUGAAACCUAUCAGCUUCAGGUGGAUUUCCCUGAACAUUACCCUAUGGAAGCGCCCCAGGUGAUAUUUCUUCAUCCGGCACCGCUGCAUCCACAUAUUUAUAGCAAUGGCCAUAUUUGUUUAGAUAUCUUGUAUGAUUCAUGGUCCCCAGCCAUGACAGUUAGUUCUAUCUGUAUCAGCAUUCUCUCCAUGCUAUCAAGCUCAACUGUGAAGCAACGUCCCGAAGACAAUGACCGCUAUGUAAAGAACUGUAGAAAUGGGCGAUCUCCCAAGGAGACGAGGUGGUGGUUCCAUGAUGACAAAGUGUAAUUGCAGGAGCAUCUUGCUGCACCAAUUAGUUCAAUAACUAGAAUAGGCAAACAGCUUCGUCUUUUAAGGAAAAUGGAAACAAAAGGGCAAAGCAUUUUCCCAAUCAAAAGUUAAAUGCUCAAUAACUCGUGUAAAUUGUUAUGCUGGUAUUUUGUAAAGAAAGAGAAAAGUCUCUCUUUCUUUAGCAACUUGUAAGGAACAAACGGGCUCACUCGGCUGAUGGUGUUUUAGCCAUGCGAGAGAUGCUCAGUGCACUGUAAGCACACCAAUGAGAAAACUCCGUAUCUUUCCGAAACCAUUCUCCAAACUUCGUGAGUUCUAUGAUUGUAACAUGGUAGCAUAUGAAACUGAUGGUUCAUCCGA